GCAGUAAGGUUGAAUGAUAUGUAUUAAAUACCUCUUUAAAGAUAAAUGGUUUAAUAAUAACAAUAGCAAAAGUAAUAAUAAGUUUGGAAUAAACCUUAAUAAUUACCUCAAUAAACAAUCCAGUUAUUACAAAACCCACAAUAGCAAAUCUAUUAAUAAUAGCAGUAGUAAUAGUAGUAAUAAUAACAAUAGCUUAUAUAAUAGCCAUAAUAAUAACAAUAUUAUAAUAAUCAUUAUUGA